AUGAUUAUUUCAAUUAAAGUUUGUUGUGCAACAGAUUUAAUUUCAAAAAUAAUUAAAGAAAAUGAUAGUGGUGGACGUGUUUUACUUGUUGUUUGUCAAUCUGGAACAGACGUCGUUGCUAUUUUUACGGAUAACAUUCAGUUAAAACCAAUAUUAUUUUCAUACAAUAUGUCUGGUGAAAGUACAGAUUCUGAAUGUAGAUCUGCUCAUAAUAAUAGUCGAUCACAUUCAUUAUUACGUCAAGUUCGUACUAGAUUACGUGGUAAAAGUUCAUCUCGAUUUCGUGCAGCAACAACAACGACAUCAACAACUGAUGAAUCUUCAUCUAUUUCAUUAUCUCAUUCGAAACAUCAAUCAUUUGAAAAUAUUGAUAAUAUAAAAAAACGUGUAUCAAACCAUCAAGUUAAAUCACAUAUUAUUGGAACUCGUAAAUAUCGUUUAACUACACCAUCAAAUUGGAAUGAUGAUGAUAACAAUAAUAAUUUUCGAUCAAAACGAUCGAUUAGUUUUUUUUCAGUAAGUCAUUUUAACCUUCAAAAAGAAAAGAAUAAAAAUUAG